CGCACUUCCUCCGUUUAUGUCACCUGAGCAAGCACUUCCUGUGAACAACGCAGAAGGGUUAGACUUAAUGGCUGCCGCUAUUUGCAGGGGUGGCUCUAGGUAGAAGAAAGAGCUGAAUAUCAAUAAGGAAUUGCUUAACCUGUGGUGACACGAAAGCUGUUGGCACAAAUGUGACUGCAUGAGGAGAAGUUUUCACUGUGCUGGAUAAAUUAUCGUGAGAUCUCUGUCCAGUUGGCAUGUUUGCAACCUGGCAUAUGAGGCUCACUGUGUUUUAAAGAAAUUAGGUCAGAAUUCAUACUGCAAUGGUGCAAAUCCUGUUGUGCCAGAUAGAAGAUGUCUGAUUCAGGUCCCCCAUUUUACCAGUACAAGCAACAGGUAAACUUAAAUGAAGAAAAACUGGACCCUCAGAUGUUGUCUCCACUUUCACUUAAUGGAAUGAAUAGCACAUCAUCCCUGGAUCCAGCUUUCCUCUACCACCGUUGGUCCGAUUUCACAGAUGAUGUUAGCCCUAAUUUAGGAUUUUCUGAAGCUGGUGGACAAAGAAAUCCAGUCAACCUCUCUUACUCUGGAAAUGGGCCAGAUUUAUUUGGAUUGGUCUCCAGUAUCUUGGAAGAGCCAAAUGGAUCACAACAUCUAGCAGACUGGAGUACUACUUCCAGACUGUUUCCAUCAUUGCCAGUAGAGAACAGUGACUGUGCUGGCUACCCAACAUUAAACAACAGAUCUCCUGCUUUUAUUGAUACAAAAGAACUCUACACUGAAAAUUUUCAGAAAUCACCAGAAACUCAAAGUGAUACCCUCUAUGAAGGCGUACAGGAUCUGAGCUUGAUGGAAUCCUGGCUUUCUGCUGUAAAGAAGGACACCAGCCUAGCAAACCUCCAGCCAGCACGUUCCCCACAGUGGAUCUAUGCACAGGACUCUACCUGCAGGAGUAAUAUGUUUGAUCAGGAAGCAAAAUUCAGUAGUCAUGAGUAUAAUACAGACCCAUGCAUGCACAAUUUUACUAAGGAGCUGCUUAAUGGGGACCCUGAGAAAAAUUCUUUCGAUUUUAGUUCUUGUGCUUUCCAUAAUCAAAGUAACAGUAAAAAUUCUGGACUUCAGAGAGGGAACAAAAAGGAUCAAUUCAGAGAGAAAUUAAGCAAGCAAAAUCUUGUAAACCAGAGUUCUAUCAAUAACCUGAGGAGUAUGCACGUUGGAGAUGGUUGGGGCCUACAAAAGCAAACGUUUAAAAAUUAUGAAGAUCAUAGUAACCUUCAGUCCCUUAAAAAAACAAUUCCACCACCACCAAAUUCUUUUGAUCAACCAAGUUUGAAAGAAAAUGGGAUAAACUGGAGGACCAACUCUGAUACUAUGAUUAAUAGCCAAGAAUGGUGUACCGUAAAUAGAAAAUCUUCUGAUCAAGCAAAUUUAAAACUUCCAGAAACAUAUGCUUUUUCUUCUCGUUUCUCUCAGUCUGUGAACUCCAUGCUAAAGAGUGGAGAAAAUGUGUAUUCAGCCAAGAGUGGGCAUUUGAAACCUGACAGAGAUCAUUUAAGCCCCACUGGGAAGUUCAGCACUCUCUACCAUAUAAACCAUGUUGUAAACCCACAAGCUUCAUCAUCUGAGGGAUCCAGCUUUUCAGUUGAUAGCGGUCUAGAACAAGCAUCUCUCAUUUCAGUUUCCCAGCCUGCCUGUUUCUCCCCAACAUCUUCAGUUUGUGUAGGUACCAGAAAAGAUAAAAUGUCUAUGGGAGAUAAUUCAGGCUGUUGGCUUAAUCUCUUCAGUGAGAAUCCAGGACAAAAUAUUUCUAUUAAUGUUUCAAGGCCGGAUCAUAUAAUGCCCAAAGAGAUCCAGUACAGUAAACAGCAUGGCAGCAUUUCUACUGGCUGGGGAUCAUCUGAUUCACUUAGAAAUGAACAGUUUCGAUUUCAGAACAAAGCAAAUCAGGAGAUUCAGGAUGACAGAAAAGGAAACAAGAAAAAUAACUGGUUCCCUCAACCCCACAACUUUGGUUGUUCCACCAGACAUCAAUAUAUUAAUAAUCUUACAAAGCACAACCAGGGUGUCUAUAACACUUACGAUUUCAGCAACUCAUUUAUUCCAAAUUUCCCUUUAGUGACACCAGAGUUAAAGCAGAAUCUCAGUUUUUCACAAUUUAAUCAUAAUGCUGGUGCCUCCCCUCUCCCAACAUCUUCUCUCCCUUUUCCCGACCUUAUUGAUCUUCUUCAUUAUGAAGACUUGAGUCACUUGGGGCCUUCAGUUGAUGACAUUUUUUGUGGAGACAUACCUCCACCUUAUUUUGGUUUUCCUCAGCAUUUCAGGUUUCGCUCAAUGAGGAAUCGCAGUAGUCCUGCCAAUGAACUCCACAUGCAGCUGGAAAUGUGUUAUGAACAGUGGCGGGCCCUUGAGAAGGAAAGAAAAAAGACUGAAGCCAAUCUUGCAAGAAAUUUUCUUGGAAUGCGAGUUUCAAGUUCUAAUAACACUCCCAUUCCUCGUCUCCCAGCCAGUCCUUCAAGAGUUGACCAUUUAAUUGUGGACCAGCUACGUGAGCAAGCUAGGAUUGUGACUUUAGUUGGGAAGAUGGAACGUCUACGCAGUGCACCUGUACAUACAAAUAUAAUUACUGCCCUUGAUCAUCAUUUGGAAGCAAUCCACUUAACUCAAGCCAGGCGAAAGGAUGAGAUUGUUAAUGCUACUAAUCGUCAACGGCAGGGUGCACCAAGAUAUAAUGAUGACAAAGAUGUUCUUGCUUUGGCUGUUGCAAUCAAAGAGCUUGCACUAUAUACUCGCAAAGCACAUACUGCCUUAUGGUGUGCCCUUCAGAUGACUUUACCUAAUAAUGCCUUGAGUGCAUCCGCUCGGCAGUCAGAGCUAGAGAAGGCCCUUCAGGAACUGAUCAACUUUACUAUAGCAGCAGAGCAUUCUAACCAAGAAAAGAAAGUCCCAAGUGUCUUGGAAGGCCACCAGCAAAUGGAUACAGAAAAGGAGAUUCCAAAGAAACAAGGAGAUUAAGUCAGGGGAUAGUAUCAUUGCUAUUGUAUGCUAGUAUUUGAAUGUUGGAAUAUGUCAGACUGGCAAAAUAUGAAGAUUAGAUGAUGAAGGCAAGUGCUUUGUACAGUUUCUUUUUCCAAUUUCAUAUAAUAUCAGUGGAAUAGUCACUGCUUGUACUAGUUUUGGCCUAGAUGAAUAUAAAAUUCAAAGUGUUUGGAUUCAACAAACCCUUUUUAAAUUUGGCGAACCUGUUGUCAUAGAUUCAUCCAUAGUUAAGCAUGUACUGUAGUCUGCAAAGAAUCAGUGUUGAGUAUCAUGUGAUGUGCCAAAAAACUACCUAACAUGUUAAUUUCUGUUUUGAUCAUUAGCAUUUAUUACAUAUUGCAAAACAUUAACAUUUGUUAUGCAGCAAUUGAAUAGUCUUUCCAUCAGACUGUUUUUAAACAGAUAGGCUGCCGUCAGUGUUUCCUGUAAGUUGCAAGUUCUGCAAGUUGCUUAAUGCAGCUGUCUUUGCAUAUAAAUAAAAUUGUUAAUUAAAUUAUAGUUUCAGCUGGCUUAGUUGUAAAUAUGCAUAUAGUAUUAGUUGAAAAUAUUAAUGGAUGAUACUCAGGAUUAGUACUGUGGCUUACUGUACUAACACACAAAGAGUGGGGGAAUUUGAAUUAAUGCAAUGGACAAUAAUUAGUAACUGCAUUCCAUGUUUAUUUUAUUAAGAUGCAUUUUGUGCAUGCAUUACUAGUAUAAUGUUCUGCGUAAUGGUUACUAUUGUCAAGCCUUCCUAAUAAUCACAUUUAACUGUUUACUCAGGUAAAAAUAUACACAAUGGUUUGUUUAGGUUCAGAGAUAAAAAAGUUUAUUAUUAUUUGUUUCCAUAAAUUGUAACACUGUACAGUACUAAAUUACCAAAGCUAUUUUUGUUUUACCAAAUGCUAUUACUGUUUGGGGCUUGUUUUUAUUAUAUUAGCAUUUUAGAGAAAAUGAAGAAUUAGUUGACAUUCUCAGGGUGUACUUUAUUCUUGCUGGUUACCUUUUAGUUACUGACUUCAAAACAAUAAGUUUAAUUACUUCAUGUGUAAAGUACUUUUCUUUUUUUUUUGUUUAGCAGCUGUGUAAAUAAUUUUAAACAAAUGUUUCUCCUAUUGCUGUGUUAAUUGAAUUGAUUUUUUAUUUGAAAAACAUUUGAGGUAUGUUAUUAAUCACACAUUCAGAUGCACGUUUUCAAACUAUUAAUUUUGUAUUUUCUUUAGGGUUUGUUUUUCUUGUCUGUUUUAUGUUCUUGACACAUUUAUUACUGUAUUUUAUUUAAUAGUCAGGCCACAUGUUUUGUUUUGUUUGCCUGUCAACCUCUUUCAGUUAAUUUAUUAUCAUUUUUUAUUAUCUGUUCUACUGUCUUGCAUAGUCUUGCAUAACAGAGCAUGUUUAAAAACAUAUUUAGGUUAUUACAGCUCUUUAAACAAGAGGAAUAUCAGUUGUAUUAAUUUUCUAAAUGUCACAAUUGCCUUUCUUGUUACUUAACUGGAAUUUAAAAAAAAAUAAUAAAGUUGAUGUUUUGCUUGUCAACACAAUUACAUAAUUUUAAAUUGCAUUCAGUGAACAUUUUACAUUUAACCAGUGGGCAAAUACUUGCAGAAUUGAAAAACUGAUUAUUGUGGUAUUUAUUUAUUGUGGUAUUUAUAUUACUAUAAUUACCAGUAAAUAUAACAGUUGUUUACAAUAUUUUAAUGUUUCAUCACUGAGAAAAUAUUUUUGCUAAUUCUUGUGAAUGUUAUAUGGCAUUUAGGCCAUAGUAGUUUAAGGCCCAGUAGUUUAAAAUGAGUAUUUAGUAGAAUAUAUCUGAAUUGAAUGUUUUACUAAUGUUUUGGUAAACUGAGCCUUGAAUGAUGUAUAUUUGCUUAUUUUUCUUUUCAAUCCAUAAAUUGAUUAAAAAAUAUAUAAUUUGCCCUACUCAAAUUACUUGGGAAUCCUAUACAUGGAAAAAUUGCAUUUUAGAUUAAUAAGGGAAAUGAGAAAUGUUAUAAAUAUAAAGCAUUUUAUAGUCUCUAAUAGUUUUUUUCUGUACAUUUAACAUAAUUUAGUCUUUCUU